AUGUUCUCAACCCUACUUAUCAAUAACUGCGCUACUGUCGGUGGAAAGUCCACAACGAUAAGCCUCGAGGUUUCCCCCUCCCACCCGAGCGCAAUCUGGUAUCGAAAGCACCGUGGCGAACCAGCCCCCGUCAACUGGAAUUCCAAGAAGGUUGCCGAAGGCGAAGGCGAAUUGGAGCUUACCCUUCUCGAGCGCAUUUCGGAGGGCCGCAUAGGUGUUACCUACGUCGCCAAAGUCGACUCCGCUAUGCGAGGCGACGUGGAUCUACGAGCGAUGCUUCCAGAGAAGGUCUGCCUCAAGUUCGCGAAACCAGAGUUUUGUCGGAGUCUAGCACGGGAAGCAUGGUUCUACGAACAGCUCGAGUCAUGCCAAGGCGCCUCUAUCCCAAUUUUUUACGGCUUCUUUUCAUCUUCCAUGGCAGAGCAACCAUGGUCACCGAACCUCACAUUCACCCCGUGGACCACAAGGAAACACCAAUUCGACACAGACUCGCUCCCCCGCGAAAUCGACCAAUACCCGUCUCUGGACCUCCUACCUGACGACAUGCUGCCAGACUGGAGGAGAAAAUCGCCGAUCGAAGACCCAUCUGGCUACCAGCAAAACUCGUCGUGGUACAGAUGGAGCCCCAGUGAAGACAAUCCGACGAUCAGCGUCCUCGUCCUCGAGCUCUUGGGCGAGACCUGUACUGGCAAAAAGGGACUCGGUGUAAACACAUCGACACCUGGAAGCGCUGGAAGUCUUGGAAGCUCGACGUCGACCCCCGGAUACUCACCCAGCCCCAAAGUAAGCGUGUACAGAGCAAAGGGUGUGGGUGCAGGGAGUGUUGGACGGGCUUUGGACGCCUCAUAUCUCGGCAAACUGUCGAAGACGGAACGCGAUGAAGAUGAAGAGUGA